GUCAGCGCCGCCCCCCUCCCCGGGUCUGCAGCAGCUCCGGCCGCCUCGUCGCGCCCCCCCAGCCCCCUCCCCCCGCCCCCGCCGCCCCCCGGGCCGGUGCAGCCGCAGGCGGGGUCCCCCUCCCCCUCCCCCCUCUCCCCCCAGGCCUCGCGCGCCCCGGACCGGCCCCCCCUUUCCCCUCCCCCUGCGCGCCGCCUCUGCCGCGAUGCCCCCCCCUGCGCCCGGGGCCCGGCUCCGGCUUCUCGCCGCCGCCGCCCUGGCCGGCUUGGCCGUCAUCAGCCGAGAUCACGGACGUGACCAGCGCCCGCACAGCUCUGGGCCGGGCCGCCCUCCUGCGCUGCGAAGCCAUGGCGGUACCCCCUGCGGAUUUCCAGUGGUACAAGGACGACAGACUGCUGAGCAGCGGCACGGCCGAGGGCCUGAAGGUGCAGACGGAGCGCACCCCGCUCGAUGCUUCUUUUCGCCAACGUGAGCGCCCGGCAUUAACGGCAACUAACGUGUCGAGCCGCCAACCGGUUGGGAGCAUCCAGCGCCUCCAUGCGGCUGUUGCGCCCAGGAUCCCUGGAGAACUCAGCCCCGAGGCCCCCAGGGCCCCUGGCCCUCCUCUUCGCCCUGGGCUGGCUGUGGUGGAGAAUGUAGGCGCAACCCAGUGGAGCUCGCCUCCCCCCACAGGGGGCCUCAGGCCAAGAGUGAGAGAAAAGGGGGAGCGGGAGCCAUGGGUCUCGGGGGGCAGAAGAGCUCUCGGCCACCGAGUGAAUAAGAGGAGAGGAGGAAGAGGAGGAGGCAGAGGAAGAAAGAUCUUUAGAGAACCCGUCACUGUGAGGGAUAACGCAAAAUUAUGCAUCUUUCUACAGCCAUUCUCGCCACCCGUUCACAUUUCCGAUUGUGACCCACUCCCGCCACCCCAUACCCCUCUCUCUUAGCUCAGGCUGUCAACUGGCUCGUGUGGGUGUGACUGUGUGAGUGUGAGCCUGCUGCGUGUGUAGGUGUCUGUGUCUCUUGUGUGUGUGGGUGGGUGGGCUGGGGGAGGGGACCUCAGCCAUCCUCCCACCCCGACACCCCAUGUCCACUGUCCCCAACCCUACUGCCUCUCACCUGUGGCUGGACGUAGGCGUGGGGCUCUGCAGUGGAAGCUGUGAAGAGAGGCUUACCAGGCUCUCUGCUUCCCCAACAUAUGCACACACACUUACCCUCCCCCUGUUGAAAGGGCAUCUCCUAGCAGGUUGGGAGUGGGGAGAGGUGUCGUAUUCACCUGUCAAGCUGUCAUUCAGCCUUUGUGAGUAAGUGGGGGACCUCCAUCUGGGCUCUGGGCUUCCCUGCUGUCAACCACCAGCUUCCUGUAGCCAGAGGCCCCGUUGCUGGCUCAGUAGCCUGAGAUCUUCCCACUUUCCCUGUCCCUCCCCACUCUGGAUUUUCUGGCCCCCUCCUGGGCCAAUCGGUGCUUCCAUCCAACUGUCAGACUGGUGGCAGGAGUCACCUGUCUGUUUCAGUGCUUUGCCCUACCCCUGCCACCACUCCCCUUGGCCUUGACUUCCCCACCUGUGGCACCAGCCAGCUGCCCUUGGGGCCUUUACAGCCGGCCCACAGGUGUGGGCUUGCUGAUCUAUCACUCCCUGGCCUCUCCACCAACUGUACCUCCCAAAGGCUACCUGACCGCGCACGCACACACACACACACACACACACACACCAGCGACUGUGACCAGCCAAUAGCCCCCUGGCUCCAGCUGUCCUGUAGCUGGUGACUAGCUGUAGUUCCUCCUGGGUUGGCAUCUGUUGUCAGGAAGCGAUGCUGAGAGGCUGCAGCCUCAGCUCUGAUUGUAGGAAUACACCACCCUGGUACACCACACCAUACCAAGUAGGGGACAGAGACACAUCACACAGAUCCUGAGCCCAGACACAGAUGCCAUGUCAACAGCUUCGACUCCCAGGAGACCCUCUAUAUAAACACCCACCCCAAACCACACCACCCAGAGUCUGGUGGAGAAGAGGAGAGGGCAAGGCGCAGUGACUGUACCUCAGACAGGGGCACGGGCCCCAUCCCACAUUGUCUUCCAUUCCCAGGGUCCAGGGGAUGGGGUGGGACUGGGGAGGGAUGCCAGGGAGGGGUGGGGGGCCCUGGGGGCCGUGUGUUCCAAUUCAUGGGGAGUGUUGAGACCACCACACCAAUAAACGCCUUUUUCCAAAGUCUGCCUGCAGGUGUCAGUGUCAUUAAGGAUUUGAGUUAAUGAAGGGCAAAGGGAAGCAUCAACUGGUGCCUCUCCAGCAUCCUUCCUACCACCUACUUUCUCAUCGGUAGGCUUGGAAUUGACUCAUUACAGAGAUGCCCUGUGAUUGGCCUAAGCCACUCAGCAUAUCCCAUUUCCCACCGUGGAUUGGCUUAGAGAUGGGCACAUGACCCAGUAAGGCUAAUGAGAAAGUGAAUGCAUUCCUGAGAAGAGAUGUGGCUCUGUGAUGUGAGGUCUGUAUCUGCAGAGUUGCUUUUUCUCCAUCACAUGGAGACAUCUUGGGUCUGUGGGGAUAGCAGUGGUAAAGCAGACAGCACAUGGAGCCUGCGAAUAACAGGAACGCUAAGAAGUAGUGGGAACCUUCGAGAAACUGAGUCCAUGAUGGUAUCAUUUGAGCAGCUGGAUCAAAACUUAACUGAUGCCCAUAUCUUCAUUUAUAUAAGCAAUAAAGUCCCCUGUAUAUUUAAACCAAU